AUGAAUAUGUUGGAUGAUGAAGAUGACCAAAGCUUUCACGCUACGCGUGACGGCUACUCCCAUUUGAGCGAUGUCGAAUGGGAUGCGGUUGAACGAAUGGGUUCGACCAUGGGCAUCCAUGCUGUUAGCGUCAUGCUAGAGGCUCUCAAUAGAGAUGCCCAACAUGCUACUAUCGCCAAGUUCAUUCAAAAUGAACUUGACGCAGAACGCGAGAAAGUAGCCUUGCUUCACCAACAAGGUUCUCAACAAGCAGAGUUGUUGAGAGAACAAGGUGCUCAACAGUUUGAACUGUUGAGACAGCAGCAGGCUGCUGCUGGCGGGUCGAUGCACUCGCGUCGGCCCGAGACUUUGAAGAUUGACAUCUCAAAGGCGCGUCGCAUCGACGACGGGGAUAUGCAAGUUGCAUUUGCCCAGUCAAAUCUGGCAGGACGUGCCAAGACUUGGGCACUGGGGCUCAAGCUGCACGACCCAUAUGCGUUUGGGUCGUUGGAAGUCUUCAAGUCGCGGCUCAGACAAACGUUUGAACCGCCUAGAGCUGAGUUCAGAGCUCGAACCGAACUCUUGAAGCUCAAGCAGGGUAAGCGUGAUGUGCACGCUUACGCUCAACAUAUACGACAUCUCACGAGUUGUAUAAGUUUCAAUCCGGUGGAUGAACACACGUUGGUUUCGGUGUUCAUGCAGGGUCUUGCGGAUGGUCCCGUCAAGACUCACCUGUUCCGGCUUGAACUAGAUUCACUAGAACAAGCCAUUUCCAUUGCGGAGCAGGAAGACUUCAGUCUGAGACAGGCUCGCGCCAGCUCGACAUCAUAUCGUCAACCGAGACGAUAUGACAACGGAGGUCCAGAGCCGAUGGAACUCUGUUAUGUAGAGAGCGAGAAGGCUCGCUCUACAGGCUACAAGAAGUUGCAGAGAUGCAACAGAUGUCAAAAGACAGGACACUACGCUUACGAGUGUAGUGCCCCUCGUCCAGUGUCUCGCGACACUGGGCGUAGUGACCGUCCACCCAUGAGAAAGGGGCAGGGACGAGGGUCCGCAGUUGGUGCAAAGACGCAACAACGGGAUGGACCGUCAAAAAACGGACAGGAUCAGUUGCUCACUGAUGCGCAGUUGCGGGGGCCGGGCGGGCUGGAGGUCCACGAAGCCGAGCUUUUAGCUGUUGAAGAUCUGGCCAAACCGUUUAGUAGCCCUGAUGAAAUGCGGCAAAUGGCGCAGCGACGACUGAUUGUGCAGCAAUCAGCCGAUGCAGCGGCACAAGCUGCGGUGACUCCGGCGGUACCGGUCGCCACUUCCAGUCCACCGCCGGCCGCCGAGCCCCAGCCAACAGGGGGUCGUCGGCCUUGGCCCCCAGUUCAGCCUUCCCCGCCUCAGCUGAACGACAGCAACGGGAGUUAUCUCGUUCUCCAGGAGGAUGAUAGGGCAGAGGAGGGUCCGUCUUCCCCAUUUGAAGGCAGUGUCGCCUCUGCACCUCCGCAGCCUGGGACGGGAGGCUCCUCGACUCCUGCUUUUUCGGCACGGCUGUCCCACUCUCGGCUUCUGCCGGAGGAUCAGGCCCGGAAACAAGCAUCCGGUAUCCGGGGCCCGGCGGUAGUUACCGCGGGUCCGGCUCUCCUGACCCAGCAGCGACGGGAACGUCUGACUUGCGAAAAGCUUUUAAAGCUGCUGCCGGAUCGGCAAUGUCACUCGAUACCCAUGGAUCCUAAGCCGCCAGCGGAACCCAUCCACAUGGGCGAGCUUGUGAGUAUUCUUGGACUUCGGGAAAUUAACACCCCAGCGAACGGCAAUUGUUUGGCGAUAGCUCUUGCUCAAGCGGUGGCUGAGUCUGCCUUGACCGCCCCUGCCAAGGACCAGGAGCUUCUCACGGCUUGCAUUAAACGAGGUAUCACGUGUACAGGACUCUUGAACUUGGAGGAUCAGCUCCCUCACGACUUGCGGAUGCAGGCACUUAAGAACGUGGGCCGUGGGUGGGCGUCGAUGACGCGCACAGAGUCGGCUUCUCAAUUCCGCUGGUUUUUGACGGACUUUGCGGCCACCCCAUCGGGGCGAACUUCGCAUGUGCCUACGGACUGUUGGGGGGGGCAGUGA